AUGGGAGAAGUUGAAAAUAUACAAGUACCACCAACAAUAGGCAAGUACACUAUUGGCGAAAAGAUUGGUAGUGGUGCCUUUUCCUCAGUCUUCAAAGGGACGCAUAUGUUAACUAAAAUUGACGUCGCAAUUAAAGUUAUCAGCAAAAAAAGCUUUACAGAUCAGAAAUUCAUUACCAGAUUUAUGAGAGAGGUUAAUCUCCUGAAACAAAUGAAUCAUCCAAUGAUUAAUGAGUUAUAUGACCUUUAUGAAGACGAAAAAUAUCAUUAUUUAAUCAUGGAAUAUUCGCCAAAUGGCGAUCUUUUAUCAUUUAUCAACAAGAAUGGUAAACUAAUCGAGCCUAUUGCACGCCGUUAUUUCACACAACUCUUUUCAGUCUUAGAAUACUUGCAUAAAGAGCGAAAAGUUGCUCACAGAGAUCUCAAAGCCGAGAAUAUACUAUUAGACAGAUAUUUCAAUCUAAGAAUUAUUGAUUUCGGUUUGAGUAACUGUUUUACAGAUGAAAAUAACGUUUUUGAAACGAAAUGUGGAUCGCCUGCCUAUAUACCCCCAGAAAUGAUUAUAGGAUAUGGAUACACACCUGCUGCAGACAUGUGGAGCACAGGAGUUCUACUUUACGCGAUGUCAAUUGGCUCUUUACCAUUUGAUGAUGAGAACGUCAAGAAAACUUUGCAGCUUAUCGUUUAUGCUAAUCCGACAUAUCCUCCUUCAAUAUCUCCUGCUCUGGCAGAUUUAUUACAAAAACUUUUAACAAAAGACCCAUUAUUACGUAUUACUUUGGAUAAAAUUAAAGAACACCCAUGGUUUUCGAAACUAGAAUACGAUGCAAUAUACGCUUAUCAGAAGAAAAUUCAAGAAGUUACUUGUGAUCCAGAAAUCGUUUCCCAAAUGGAAAGAUACGGAUUGGAUACGACGAACUUACGACAAAACCUUUUCUUAGGCGUAUACGAUGAGACUACAGCUGUUUAUAGAAUGCUUAGAAAAAUGAAAGUUACAUUUGAGAUGAAAACUGCGAUGCGCGCUCGUCCUUCCGCAGCCAAUAGUACUCCCCAGCCUAAUAAGAUGCUUUCUAACAUUAGUGUUGAAGGAGUUAGUCAAGGAAGAUCAAUUCAGAUCCACAGAACUCAGAAUAACAGCCCGCUAAUGGACCAUUGCGUAAAUGUGGUCGCUCAGCAAGCUACUUUCAGACCUCUGGCAAAACCAGCUGUUCGAGUUAACGUUGCUCGAUGUUAUUCAACGAAACCUCAAGGAAUAAAUUAA